CUACAGCUGUUCGACUACAUCCGUGAUGGAUUCACACGCCUGUCAAGUUGAUGAUGGCUGAUCACUCCCCCUACUGGCCAGAGGUCAUCAUUGCGCUUCCUCAUGAGAGAGAGAGAGAGGGAGAGAGAGAGAGAGAGAGAGAGAGAGAGAGAGAGCGCUAAUUAAAGUGAAAGAGUCAAACUGUGUUGGGAGAGCAGCAGUAAAGUAAGACAGGACAGGAUAAAAAAACUUCACAGCGAUGGAACAGCGACUAGGAGCUCUGCCCACAAACUCUCUGGUGCCAGACUUUGAACAAGACCAGCUGGUGCCACCCUCCUGUCCUGUGUCCACUUCCCCGUCCCAGCCUGCAGAUGUCUCGCUGCCAGCAGACCCCAAGACCAGAGCUGACUUCUUAAAAUAUUAUGUUCAGCUCACCAUGGACCCAAACACAGUGUACAGAGAAAUGUGCCUGUCGGAGGGGAACAGAAAGGUGGAGCACAUGGAAAUAGUGCAGCCCUAUCCCGAGCACCCGGACAGGUUCUCUCACCUUUAUCAGGUGCUGUGUACAGAGGGCCUCACUGGACGCUGUUACUGGGAGGUGGAGUGGAAAGGCUCCAUCGAAAUAGCAGUCGCGUAUAAAGAUCUCAGCAGAACGGGCUAUUACGAUGAGUGUGCGUUCGGAUGCAAUGACAAGUCCUGGAGUUUGGACAUUAAUGAAAACUCAAAAUGUUUCAGACACAAUGAUAUUGAGACUGAGGUACCAGACCCCGGGUCCUGUAGAGUGGGCGUGUACCUUGAUCAUAAGGCAGGCACUCUGUCCUUCUACAGUGUCACUGACACCAUGACGCUUCUCCACACAGUCCAGACCACGUUCACGCAGCCUCUCUAUCCUGGGCUGUGGGUUGCAAACAGCGCUGAGCUGUGUGAACUGGAGUAGACACCCUCCUCCAAGUGGCCUCUGUCUCUGUCUCAUCUUGAGCUGUUGUGUCAGUGGGUGACACCUCAGGGCAGUGGAGAUGAGCAUUAUUACUUUCAGCUGGAAUCUGAGUUGUUGAAAGACAUCAUGGGCUACACAGAGUAUAAAGUGGUGAUUAUCAGCAGUCAGUGCCUCCACUACAACUGCAAACUAUACACACCCACCCCCUGAUUUACUAAAGGGCUGCAGUGGCACUAAUGGUGGAUAACAGGGUACAAAGUAACAUUUAUUUAUGUAUUUUAAGGGGUGUCAACUACAAAACACAAAAAUGAAGGAGUGAUUUAUUCUAAUGAGUAUAAUAGCUCCUUGUACCUUUUUUACUAACGGAAAACAGUUUAUUUAUCCCUGAAUCGUGAGCACUAUUUAGCAUCCAGAGGAAAGGACAUUUAAAUUUAGGUGCAAACAUGAAAAUGAUUUUUAAAUCCAUUUGCAGCCUACUUUGUUUUUCCAAAGUCAGUUCACAUUAUCAACUUAAAAAAGCAGAAGCAAAAAAUUACAUUUAUUAUUUUUAACAGGAAAGAUGUGCAUCUUUCAGUCAUCCUGUUUAAAUAGUGAUUCUGGUAUUCAUAUUGGCCAGUUGUGCAAAAUUGGCCAAACUGGUGAAUUUGGCACUGCUUACUUAUACAUCAGCUGUUAGUAAAUCACUUGCUAAACUGAUAAUAGUUGAGCUUGCGGCCCUUAUUUUUUUAGUGUAGUGUAUUAGUGUAGUAAAUCAGUGGGUCACUGCUCAAAAUUAUGCCAGCCACCCCCCCCACAACUGAACACUGGGGAGGGGAUUGUGGAUUAUGGGGUCCAGCAUUUUGAUAAUAAACCUCAAUGGCCCACCAACAGGCCUGCGUGAGACUCAGCUUCAUGCUCAGGGUCUCUGGGUAAAAUUUGAUGAACCUUUGGGGAAUCAUGUGUUUUCACACUGAUACCCUAUAUCCACAAAAGGAAACUGAUUGACCCACCGCAGCGCCACCAACAGGCCAAAAAGUCCCCAAGCUUCAAGCAGCAACAUCUCAGAGUGCACAGCACACACAUACACACACAGAGUCACUCAGAGCAGCUUGCACUAGUUAUUACAGAUGUCAUGGUCACUGUUGCCUUAUUUAAUUCUGCCAGAUAAUAUUUGUUUGCACACUGUAACUUAUCACAAUACAAAUACUGCAUCUGAAGUAAUUUUGCUGAAUGUGUCCUUAUGGUGAAAGUGCAGUUUAACAUAACUCUGUAAUCAAAACUGAUUCAGUUUUUGCUGGAUUUUAAUCAAGCGUAGAAGUAACUAAUUACAUGUACUCACUGUAAUAGAGUAGCUUCUUUGUGCAUUUGUACUUUUUCAAGUAUUUUUGAAGUAAGUAAUUUUACCUUUACACAGUGAUGAAGUACAUUUUUGCUGUAGAUUUGUUCUUAUGUAAUUUUAAAUCACAUCAAUCACCAAGCACAAAUCACAAAUCAUGUCAGCUCUCCAUAAGAAAAUUAAAGUGGACUAAAAUAUAUAAUCAAACUGACUGACCCUUCAGUCUUAAACUGAAGGGUCAGUCAGCAAGAAGGAGAAGAGUAAUCUGACUUUACUUUGUUUUGCACUAUUUUGUAACUUCUGAAAUUUUUCUAUUAAAAAUA